AUGAGCACCAGGAUGGCUGCCAGCGCUGAGCUGCACUCCAUUUCCCAUGACCCCACCAAGGAUAUAGACGUCUACAUUCAAGCUGUAGGAGAUGCAGUGAAGAAACUGGCUGCCAUGGGUGUUUCCAUCGAUUCCACCAUCCACAAAGAUGUCCUGCUCAUGAAUCUUCACCCAGCCUUCCACACAGUCCGCACCAUCCUCCUUGCACGCUCUCCUGAGCCCAAACUCGAAGACUGCAUCACCCAGCUUGCCAGCUCAAGCUCAGACCCUGGAGUGGUUCUCAAAAUCGAAGAUGGCAAUAUUUCGAGCCUGGCCCUGGCUGCAUCGGCGCCACGUCGAGGCACAGCAUCUGCCACGUCAUCAUACACCUCCCCCAUCACUGGCAGCAUUGCCCAGGACAGAUUUCCGCUGGAUUCCCAAGGUUUUCGUUGGUGUGACCCUACCACCAGGGGCUGCCAUCGCUGUGGACGCACUGGCCACAUUGCUCACACGUGCAUGCACACCAUGCCCACCUUUGUCAAGGACUGGAUCCUGGCUAAUGGCAAGAGCAGCUCCGCUUCUGCAGCUAUCUCUGCUGCACUGGAGGCUGGUCUGACCAGGGAGAGCUUCUUUGAGAUGUGGGAUGAGUUCCAGAUGUCCAAUGAAGCGGAGAUUGGUGGAGGGCCUAGUGGACCAUUCCUGUCUCCAAGACGGACUUAG